UUCUAUUGUCUGGCGAACUAUCUUCAUGAGUGCUGGGUUUAUCUGUUACAGGUGCUGUCCUCGGUGGCUCGGAGAUACGGGCGGUCGGCGGUCCGGGCUGCUCUUCUACUCGGCGGGCAACGUCCUUGGACUCCUGGUGGUCUGCGCGCGGUGGUACGGGCUGUCCCUCUACCUGAUGGAUGUCAUGCUCAGCUUGGCGGGUGAUGUCGUCCGGCUCGUCUUGGCAUUCUGCGGGUGGUGGUACGGGUUGUCCCUCCAUGCCAUUGAUGACGUCCUCGGCUUGGCUGGUGAUGUCGUCCGUUCCCUCCUGGCGUUCUGCGGGGUGCGGUGCGAUCUCAGUCCUAAUAUUCUCGGAUGGCGUUCCCAUCCAGCGUGAUAACGAGCGUAGGGUCUUCCUUUGAUCGUCUGCUUUCUUCAUAUGCAUCGUUGAAUGCUUUCAGUCUGAUGCUUACUUCUUGCAAGGAAAGGGUGGGUGUGCGGUCCUCAACUGGCGGCAAUGGUUCUGUGACGUUAGAUGUGGGCAUCUGAACCUCUGGAACGGUGGUACAUGGGCGUUUCUCCCGCGCGACAUCUUCCGUCUCUGAAAUCGCUGAUGUGGUCUCCAGGAUGCAGUGUGUUUCUUCCAUAAUUUAUUGGAUGAUACAAUGAUGCGAGUGCAGUGAAACGUCCGCGAAUAUGUGAGGUUAUGUGAAAGAUUACAAAUGAAUGAUGAUCAA